GGGGUGAGGCGGUUCGUUUGGGGGUGCGCACCUUCCUGCGUGUUUGCGCAGUUUCGCAGCUUCUCACGCGCUCCGGACGAGCGCAGCGCAGCGGCGUUUGAAGCCGCGCAGUCCCGCCACUGCAACGUGUAAAUCUGAUGAAAUACCUCAGCGCGCCGCUGCACGGCGGAGUUUCCACACAUUCGCCGUCUCGCGUGCGGUUUUACCCGUUCGGUGCAGGGAGAAAGUUGUGGACAUGUUUUCCUGGAAGUGCAGCGCGGCUGUACGGACACUGCGCGCAACAGUGCAACUGCGGCGUGAAUGAGCGUCCCCGGCCCGCCCGGAGUUUGGAGGAUCUUUCCGUGGGACCGUCGGCUCGCCCGUUCGCCAUAUUGUGCGCGGAGAAACUGAAGGGGGAAAGUUGACAGAGUUGUGACAUUUGCUGCGCGCCGAUCCCUCCAUGGAUCUGCACGCACUCGACUUUGAUCGGAGCCAAAGUGACUCCGCGGAGCUGGCCAUGGACAACCCUGCGCGACACUGAAAAAAAGGUCUGGCAUCCCGAAGAGGACGAAAAGAAAUCGACUGCGAAGCUCAGAUUUGAUUCUCAGAGGAGGGCUGCAUGUUUUCCACCCUGCACUUUUCCUUUGGGAUUUAUAUUUCCUCCCAGAUACCUCUGAAUACACCAUUAAACAAUUGCUCAGCCGCAGGCCGUGAAAGCGCACUACAGAGGAACUAACUUUGCACAAGCUCAGAGCUUGGACUCCCAACUCCCAACAUUUUCGCAGCUUAUGUAAUUACUAUGAGUCUUCCUUCUCAGGUAAAUACUGACAAGAGCGGUAAACACCGAGCUGCGGUCAUGAAAGAGGCUGUGCAGCAUCCGGGGGAGGUUUAUUAUGGUAUGGGACCUCCAGCUUUGGAGUCAAGCCACAGUGACUCUGCGAGCGGCUCCGGUGUUUAUAACCCAGAAAAGGGGCCGCAGAAUAUGCUGCCCUAUCAACAGGCUGCCCCCGUAAAAUGGAUUCAUCAGGACUCCAUACAAGCCCCAAACUGGUCUCAGGAAGCUCCGGCCUGGGGGCAGAACUUUGGGACCUACAUGAGCGGCGGCGGCGCCAGGGGUCAGAUGGCGUUCCACAAGGGGGUUCAUGAAGGAAUGGCUCUUCCGAUGGGCACAGAAAACCAGCUACCCGGAUCUGUUGAGGCUUAUCGAGACGCCACGCAGGCCCAAACUCAGGGGAGGGGAGUCGAGUGGGAGCAACACGCUGCAGCUGCAAUGCACCAGGCUCAGAUACAGGCCUAUCAGCACGGCCACAAAGGUGUGGAGCUCCAGAGCCAGCCGCAUGUCUCCUCUCACAGCCUGCAGGGCUCCAUGCUGCAGCCCUUCCAGGCAACGUUCAGGCCGAGCAAGCAGCAGUUUUCAUCCGAAUAUUACUCUGUUUUUCCAGGGAAUAAGGCCAUGCCAAACCUGCCCUAUAGCGAGCAGCCCAAAACUCAGCAACAGCUUCUACACCAGAUCCAGCAGCAGCAAAUGCACCAUCAUCAUCAUCAUCACCAGCAGCAACAGCAACAACAACAACAACAACAACAACAACAACAGCUGCAUCAGCAGCAGCAACUUCAGCUGCAGCAGCAGCAACAUUUGCAGCAGCAGCAGCAACAACAACAGCAGCAGCAGCAACACCAAAUACAACAGCAUCAAAUGCAGCAACAGCAGCAUCAGAUGCAGCAGAUGCAGCAGCGCUAUCACCAGCAGCAGCUACAAGAGCGGCAGCAACAAAUUCAGCACCUGAAGCAACACUUGCAGCAACAAACUGUGCCUCAGCAGGAAACGGCGCAAACGCAAGUGCAGCCAAAACAGCAGCAGACCCAAAACUUUGGAGCCUACCAGCCCCCUGACCCUCGGCCACCCGACACCGCGGCUAAAAAAGAGGACGUCCAGCCGCCGGAGCCUCGGCUGGAACCAGAGGCUCAGGCUUGCGGCGCGUCAGCUGCACCUGAUACGUGCCCCGAAAAGGGCGUGACACAUCCUGAAGAAGGAGCGGAUGCAGCGCUGGCUGCCCCUCGGCGCUCGCGUCGCCUUUCCCGAGAAGGACAGUCCCCGCUGGGUCCUCCUCCGGCCAACAUCUGGGCCCAGCCCUCCAAAGAGCCGCCGCCGCCGCCGCCCCCGUCGUCCCAGAACGGAGUCGCGGGUGUGCAGGGAGCGAGAGGAGCGGACGGCCAAGUGACAACGGGAGGGGUCAUCCAGAUCACCCGGAGGAGGAGGAGGGCGUCCAAGGAGAUCAACCUGGAAACCCUCGCUCAGAAGGCGUCAGAAAUGGUGCCUGCAAAAAUUGUCAAGCAGGAAGAAGGCCCCCCAGGCCGGCAGACCACCAUGGUGCCCCUGGUCAUCCCCGUGUCGGUGCCCGUGCACCGGGGUCAGGCGGCCCCCCCGGCCGGCUGGGCCCCGGGCCGGCCGGGCCCGGCGGAGCGGCACGCCGGACAGGCCGAUCGCAAGCCCUCGGUCAUCGUUGCUCAACGGCGGACUCUCAGGAACUCCAUGACGGAGGGCUUUGGCCAGGAAGGAGACGAUUCAGGUCUGGACGAAGACGGGAAAUUCAAACCCAAACGCCGGCCUCGGCCGGAGCCCCUCAUCAUCCCCCCUCCGAGGCCGUCCACCUUCAUCCCUCCGUCCGUCUACUCCAGCAUCACCUCCUACCAGAGCAACCUGCGCUCGCCGGUCCGGGUGCCGGAUAACCCCCUGUCCCUGCCCCCCUACACGCCUCCGCCCAUCCUGUCCCCCGUGCGGGAGGGCUCGGGCUUAUACUUCUCCACCUUCCUCACCAACAUCGCCGCCAGCAGCCAAAUCCUGCCGCCGCCUCCGACGCCGAAGUCUGCGGCGCGCAGCCUGCUGCGCUCCACAAGUUCAGAUAUUACGCCUCCCGUCUUGCCGCUGAUUACCGAUGCCACGCCGGUCAGCCUCGAACCGCGCAUCAACAUCGGCCAGCAGUACCAGGCAGAAAUCCCCGACCUGCAGGAUCAGCUCUCCUCCCAGUCGGACCAGCACAAGGCCGACCUGCUGUGGCUUCCUGCGGACAACGCCAGCCUGAAACACGGCAGCCAGGAGACCCUGGAGGACCUGAUGAACAUGGCGUGCUCCAGUGUUUUACGAGGAGGAGGAACCAAUCAGGAGCUGGUCCUGCAUUGUUUACAUGAAAGCGGAGGAGAUUUCCUGGAAACACUCGGACGUCUGAUGUUUCAGGACACUAUUUUCCCUGAAGGUCAUUUCCUUGAAAAUUACCACUACUCAGGCUCUGAUCGGUGGACUGCAGAGGAGAAGCGCUACUUCAAUAAGGGGAUCUCCGCCUACAGGAAGGACUUCUUCCUGGUGCAGAAACUGGUUCGGACGAAGACCGUGGCUCAGUGUGUGGAGUUCUACUACACGUACAAGAAGCAGGUGAAGAUCGGCCGCAACAGCAUUUUGACCUUUGGCCCCCCGGACUCACCUGCGGAGAAGCAGCCGGACACUGUGAUGGACAUCAAGAGUUCCCAGCAGUCGAAAAUCGGUCAAGGAGAAGCUGAUGGAGAAGAAAAGAGGGAGGCUUUUUACUGAUCAGACGUCUGAGAGCAGCCAUCAGGCGAGGGUAGCUCAGUCACUACAGGCUCACGACUAUGCAGGACCGAUGCCGAUGAUCAAGGAGCUGGACCCCGUGGUGAAAGAGGCGUUUGAUUCGCCGGCGCCUCAGCGGCACCGGGCCGAGCCCGCCGCCAAGAAAACCAGAGCGCCGACGAAGCCGCCGCAGGAUCCCGAUG